AUUGUUUAGCAUUUUCAAUUUUUGAUUUCCGACUUCCGAGUUUGUUUCAAUAACCACCUAUCUUGUUGGAAGACAACAUGGCGUGCAAACAGCUGAAAGACGAUGCAUGUUAUAAAUCGUUAGAAGAGCAUUACAAGGCAGUUGGCUCUAAAAUCCACAUGCGAAAGUUGUUCGAAGAAGAUACAAAACGUUUCGAAAAAUUCAGUUUGUCUAUGUCUUUGCCCGAUGGCAAAUUACUUGUGGAUUACUCAAAAAACAUUAUCACCCAGGAGACUUUGAACCUUCUCUUUGAACUGGUGAAGAGUAGAAAUGUUAUUGCAGCUCGAGAGAAAAUGUUUUCUGGCGAAAAGAUAAACUUUACUGAGAAAAGGGCUGUACUUCAUGUUGCUUUGAGGAAUAGAUCAAACACUCAAAUACUCGUGGACGGAAAGAAUGUCAUGUUUGAUGUAAAUGCGGUUUUGAAACAAAUGAGAGAAUUUUGCAAUGCUGUGCGCUCUGGAGAGUGGAAAGGUUACACUGGAAAAACGAUCAAGGAUGUUGUCAAUAUUGGUAUUGGAGGAUCUGAUUUGGGACCUUAUAUGGUUACUGAAGCCUUGAAGCCGUACUCAGAUGGUGGUCCGUCUGUCCAUUUUGUUUCAAAUAUCGACGGAACACAUUUGGCGACAACAUUAAAGACAUUGAGUCCAGAAACAACUUUGUUUGUUGUAGCGUCAAAGACUUUUACAACAAUUGAAACCAUAACGAAUGCAACUUCAGCUCGACAAUGGUUGCUGGAUGCUGCAGGACAGAAUUCUGCUGUCGCAAAGCAUUUCGUCGCUCUGUCGACUAAUGCGGAAAAGGUGAAGAGCUUUGGAAUUGACACAAAAAACAUGUUUGCAUUCUGGGAUUGGGUUGGCGGUCGUUACUCAUUGUGGUCAGCCAUUGGUCUAUCUAUUGCAUUGAACAUAGGGAUGGAUAAUUUUGAAGCAUUAUUGGCUGGUGCUCACGCAAUGGAUCAGCAUUUCAUUUCUGCGCCAUUAGAGAAAAACAUUCCCGUUGUUCUUGCUGUUCUUGGUGUUUGGUAUAAUAACUUUUUCGGUUGUCAAAGUCAUGCGUUGUUUCCAUAUGAUCAGUAUUUACAUCGAUUUGCUGCAUACUUUCAGCAGGGUGACAUGGAAUCAAACGGCAAGUCAACUUCUUCAUCUGGAGCAACUGUUGAUUAUUCUACUGGACCAAUUGUGUGGGGAGAGCCUGGAACGAAUGGCCAACAUGCUUUUUAUCAAUUGAUUCAUCAAGGAACAAAGAUCAUUCCUUGUGACUUUAUUGCACCUGUGGAAACUCACAAUCCUGUCUCUAAUGGACUACAUCACAAGAUUUUACUGUCGAACUUUUUGGCACAAACCGAGGCUCUUAUGAAAGGAAAAACUCCUGAUGAGGUUACUAAAGAAUUACAGUCGUCUGGUUUCAAACAGGAAGACAUUGAACGAUUAGUAGCUCACAAGGUAUUUCCAGGCAACAGACCAACUAAUUCAAUUGUAUUGAAGAAGAUCACUCCAAGUUCUCUUGGUGCUCUUAUAGCGAUGUAUGAACACAAGAUAUUUGUUCAAGGUAAAAUUUGGGAUAUCAAUUCAUACGAUCAGUGGGGUGUGGAGCUUGGAAAACAAUUGGCAAAAGUCAUUCAACCUGAGCUGGAGCAACCUGGAACGUGUACAACACAUGACAGUUCAACUAAUGGUCUCAUAAAUUUUAUAAAAACUCAUUCAUCUUAGAAGGAGAAACUAAAAUAAAUGCCUCAGCUACUCGGUGUGAUAAGUGUGAAUGCUGAGCCGUAGUUAGGUGUUAGGAUCAUCUCAUUAUAAGUAGUUAACGUCGUAGUAUUUCUUACAAUAAAUUUGUGUGAUUUCAAA